AUGCAUUUCAAGACAGCCACUAUCGUCGCCCUCGUGGCUUCGCUCGGAGGCAACCUCUUUACAAGUGCAGCUCCUGUCGCGGACGUCGCUGUCCCCGAAGCCUCCACCACGGACGUUGAGAUUCACGAGAUACUGGCUGUUAAUACUACUGUCUCGCUCGAUAAGCGAGACGGUGGUUUCUUCGGCUCCUGCGAUGUUGUCCGUCUUGGUAACCCUACGAGCACGCUCAUCGCCGAUUGCCGUGAUCUUUCGGGCAACUGGCGCACGUCAACCCUCAACCUGAACCGCUGCUUCGCGAACCUGAACGGGAAUCUGGCAUACGUACAACACGGCAAUUAUGGUAACUCGUGCGAUGUCAGGGGUUCUUACCUUGAUGUCAACAGAAAUUAUGCCAUUCGCUGCCAAGGAAACAAUGGGGUAUACGGGCCGCUGAAGGCCUAUCCGAUUAACCCCUAUAUUACCAAUGCCUCUGGCCAGCUCAUGUGCUUCGGUGGCAGCACCUAA